AUGGAGGGAUUCACUGUGCGCGUCGGCGCGGGAAGGCCUUCCGUAGAUGCCUCGCGCAAUUCGCUAAUUACGUCGCCGUUGCUUCUGGAGGAGCCGAUCCGACUGGCCUCGAUAUUGGAACACUCUCACUAUCACAGGUCGGUUCCAUGCCUGACCAAGAUCGUGGGGACGGUAGGCGGCAACUCGAAGACUGUGGAGCAACUGUCGGCUCUGCUCGAAGCGGGCAUGACAGCUGCACGAUUCGACUUCUCAGUGAGCGACCUCGAGAACCACCAGGAGACGUACGAGAACCUGCGGGCCGCCAUGAAGAAAACGCACCGCAUGUGCGCGACUGUGUACGACACGCACGGGCCCGAGAUCACCAUCGCCAACAGCAGCAACGCCACAGUGACGAUGACAGCGGGCAGCACGGUGGUUCUGUCAGGCGACAAGGACCAACCCGUCACUGCCCAGGCGCUGCCCCUCGCCUGCCCCCAACUCGCCAAGGCGGUGAAGCCAGGGGACGAGGUGUUUGUGGGGCGCUACCUCUUCACAGGCAGCGAGACCACGUCCGUGUGGCUCAAGGUGGAGGAGGUGAAGGGGGACGACAUAGUGUGCACGGUGACCAACACGGCAGAGCUGCAAGGGGACUUCUUCACUGUUCACGCUGCUCAGGUGGACACGGACAUGCCCAUUCUCUCCAAGGUGGAUGAGCGCCACCUGUCCACGUGGGGAGUGAACUGCUUGCCGCACAUCAUCUUCCUCUCCUUCACUCGCAACGCAGAGGACGUCAGAUACGCACGCAAUCACCUCGCCCAACUGGGCAAGCUCUCGCAGUCCUUCAUCUUUGCCAAGAUCGAGAGCAUUCAGGGGCUGAGGAAGAUCGAUGAGAUUCUGGCCGAGGCAGAUGGGCUCGUGCUGGGGCGUGGCGAUCUUGGAAUCGACCUGCCUGCAGAAAAGGUGUUUCUGAUGCAGAAGGUGGCGAUCUUCAAGGCCAACAUGGCGGGCAAGCCAUGUGUCAUCUCGCGAGUGGUCGACACGAUGACAGACACGCCCCGCCCCACUCGUGCCGAGGCCACUGACGUCGCCAACGCUGUGCUGGACGGUGUGGACGCCAUUAUGCUGGGAGCUGAGACCCUGAGAGGGCUGUACCCGACCGAGACGGUUUCAACUGUGCGCCUCAUCUGUUCUGAGGCAGAGAAGGCGUACAACCAGGAGCUCUAUUUCAAGAAGGCGGUGAAGGAAGCUACCGACAUGAGCGAGCUCGAAGCCAUGGCCUCAUCCGCGGUGAAAACAGCAGAGAAGGUGCACGCAGCAGCGAUUGUGGUGUUCACCUCCUCUGGAAGAAUGGCCAGGCUCGUGGCCAAGUACAAGCCAACCAUGCCCGUGCUGACGCUCGUCAUUCCACGCCUCUACGUUGAUAAGCUCAGAUGGACAGUGCAAGGCGAGGUCCCGGCUCACAUGUGUUGUCUUAUGCGAGGGCUCAUCCCCAUGAUGGCUACACCCAAGACACUGGAGCAAAGUGAUGUAUCCACUAAUGAGACGGUUCUUAAAGAGGCCAUUCUUCAGGGCCAGCGCCUCGGGGUGCUGAGGAAGCACGACAGGGUGGUGGUGGUGCAGAAACUCGGCGACUCUGUUGUGGUUCGAGUCGAAGAGGCCCUUCCUUACGUGAAGUAA